AUGAGUAUUUCAAGUGAAGAUGAAAAUGAAGUCAUGUAAGUAGAGUUAGGAAGUGAUGAAGAUUAAAAAAUACAAGAAGAAGAAGAAAGAAUAAAGAAAUUAGAAUAAGAUAAGAAAACAUUCAUGAGUUCAAUUAAACAAACAAGCAAAUUGAAUGCUAAUGUAUUUAAAUAAUGUUAUGAAUUAUUCAUAGAUUAAAUUUGAUAAUAUAGAAUCAAAGAUAAAUACAUUACUUGAAAAUGCAGAGAAGUAUGCCAUGUUCCUAUUACAUCGUCAUAAGCGUACUUAAGAGUCAAAAUAGAAGGCUUUAACAUAAUAAAGAGGUAAACAUAGACAAGUAAUUGAUGAUGCAAGUGAAGAAGAAGAUCUUGAUGAUGCGCCAACUGUACUUGAUAAACAACCAACUAUUUUAAGAGGAGGAUAAUUAAAGCAAUAUCAAAUGACAGGUGUUAAUUGGAUGAUUUCUUUAUUUGAAGAAGGAAUUAAUGGUAUUUUAGCUGAUGAAAUGGGUUUGGGCAAAACAAUAUAAACUAUAGGAUUUAUAGCAUUUCUAAAAGAAUAUACUAAAAUUAGUGGACCACAUUUAAUAGUGGCUCCAAAAUCAACUCUAGGUAAUUGGAUGAGAGAAUUUAAGAAAUGGUUACCAUGUGCUAGAAUAGUUAAAUUAAUAGCUGUAAAAGAAGAAAGAGAGGAUAUAAUCAAUAAGUUUUUUCAACCUGGUAAAUUCGAUGUUUGUUUAACAAGUUAUGAAGGAGUCAAUAUAUGUUUGAAACAUAUACGAAGAUUUUAAUACAAAUAUAUUAUUAUUGAUGAAGCUCAUAAAAUAAAAAAUGAGGAUGCUAUUAUUAGUUAAAAUCUUCGUAAAAUUAGAACUAAUUAUAAAUUACUUUUGACUGGUACUCCAUUAUAAAAUACACCUCAUGAAUUAUGGAGUUUAUUAAAUUAUCUUUUACCAGAUUUAUUUGAUUCCUCGGAAGUAUUUGAUAAAUGGUUUGAAGUUAAUACUGAAGCUAAAUUAAAGGAAGGAAAUGAAACUAUUAAAUAAGAAGAAUUAGAUUAAAGAAAUCUUGAGAUGGUCCAAAAAUUCCAAAAAAUAUUAAGACCUUUCAUGUUAAGAAGAACCAAGGCAGAAGUUGAAAGAAUACUUCCUCCUAAAUAAGAAAUCCAUCUUUUCAUAAAAAUGACAAAUUUAUAAAAAUAAAUGUAUCAGAAUAUUCUUUUACAUAAUAAUCCAAAUGAAGGUGAUGAUAAAGGCUUUUAUAUGAAUAAAUUAAUGUAAUUACGUAAAAUAUGUUUACAUCCUUAUUUGUUCCCUGAAGUUGAAGAUAAAUCUUUACCACCUUUAGGAGAACACUUAAUUGAAGUUGCUGGUAAAAUGAGAGUUUUGGAUAAAUUUUUAAAGAAAUUAAGUGAUGGGACACAUUAGGUAUUAAUAUUUUCAUAAUUUACAAUGAUGCUCAACAUUCUUGAAGAUUAUUGUAAUUACAGAAAAUAUGAAUAUUGUAGAAUAGAUGGAGAAACAGAAAUUUAAUAAAGAGAUGAUCAAAUUGCUGAAUUCACUAAACCUGAUAGUAAAAAGUUCAUUUUCCUUCUUUCUACUAGAGCAGGUGGUUUAGGAAUCAAUUUAGCUACUGCAGAUACUGUUAUUAUUUAUGAUUCUGAUUUUAAUCCUUAAAUGGAUAUGUAGGCUAUGGAUAGAGCACAUAGAAUAGGAUAAAAGAAUAGAGUAAUGGUUUAUAGAAUGGCAUGUGAACAUACAAUAGAAGAGAAAAUUAUAGAAAGAUAAUAGAUUAAAUUACGUUGGGAUUCUCUUAUGAUUUAAUAAGGUCGUUUAUCAUAAAAGUAAAGUGGAAAAUUAUUAUCAAAAGAAGAUUUAAAAGAAUUAACUACUUAUGGUGCUUCUUAGAUUUUCAAAUUAGAUGGAGAUGAUAUUAAAGAUGAAGAUAUUGAUAUACUUUUAAAAAGAGGUGAAUAAUUAACAUAAUAAAUGAAUGAGAGAAUUUAAAAGAAAUUUGAAAAUUUCAAAGAUAAAAUGUAAUCACUUGAUUUAGGAUUGGGAUAAAUUAAUAUAUUUGAUUAUUUUAAUGAAGAAAAAUAAAAUAAAACUGAUGAGGAUGCACUUGAAGAUGCAAUAGCUAAUCAUCUUUUUAAUGAGAAUAAAACAAGAAAUAGAGACAAAAGAGCUAUGAUGCUUGGAGGUAAUUCUAAGAAAAUAUAAGGAAAAUAAAUUAAAUUAUAAGAACAUCAUUUAUAUGAGAAUAAAGAUAGAUUAUAAUAUUUAUUAUAAAAAGAAGAAGAUUAUCUAGCAUUAUAGAAAACUUAAAAAAAAGGUAUAGAUAAUGAAGAAAAUAUUGAUUUUGGAGGACUUACUUAAGAAGAAAGACAAGAAUAAAAAUAAUUACUUGAAACUGGAUUUAAAAAUUGGAAUAAAUAAGAGUUUUCUGAUUUUAUUAUUGCUAAUGAAAAGUAUGGAAAGGAAUCUUAUGAAAAAAUUUAAGAAUUUAUUAAAACUAAAACUUUAGAUGAAGUAAAAGCUUAUGCUUAAGCAUUUUGGGAAAGAAUUGAUGGUUUAAGUGAAAAAGAUAAAAUUGUUAAGUAAAUUGAAAGAGGUCAAAAAUUAAUAGAAUAGAAAACUAAUGGUUAAAAAUUAAUAGAAGAAAAAUGUAAACAUUUUCAUUAACCAAAAUAUGAACUUGUUUUUACUCCAUAACUCUAUAAUAAAUUCAAAAGUAAAUACUUUAGUUUAGAAAAUGAUAAAUAUCUUAUAUAUAUGACUAAUGAAGUUGGAUAUGGAAAUUGGACCUUACUUAAAUAAUCUAUAAGAAAAGAACCAAUGUUCAGAUUUGAUCAUGCAUUCAAAUGUAAAAGUGAAAAUGAACUCAAAAAUAGAGUCAUUUCUUUAGUUAAAGUACUUGAUAAAGAAAAAGAAAAUAAUUCUAUGGGUCGUUCUCCUGUCAAAAAUACUUAUAUUGAUAAAUCAAAAGUAUAAUAAGAUUCAUAAAAAAAGAAAAUGAAAAAUGAAGAAGAUGAAAUUUAAGAUGGUUCAGAAUCUGCGAAAAAAGUUAAAUUGUGA